UCUCUCUCUUUUCAUGUUCUCUCACCUCUUUCUGCUUCUCAUUCUCUCUUUAUAACCAAACAACGUGUAAAACUCUGAUUUGGGGGAAAGAAACAAUGGAAGAAAAAACAUCAACAUCACCAGCACCAGCAAUGGACGAGGAUGAUGUUUGGUGCAAAGAGACAGUGCCUAAGGUUUUGAAACUCGUAUGUUGUUCUCCUAGUUUGAAUCAAAAAGACCUUAUUUCUCUUCUCUUCGUUAGUCCUUUCCUUUAUCGAACCCUUCUCUCUUCUCAACCCCUUUGGCAAUUACUCAAUUUUCGUGAAUUCAAUAAUGCUGGGAAUCGCCUUAUAGCUGCUCUUUCUCUGCCUAGAUAUCAGCAUGUAAAAGAGAUUAACCUAGAAUUUGCAAGUGAUAUUGAAGACACCCAUCUCAUACUUAUUAAACAAAAGUGUUUUGAUUCUCUUCAAAGCUUGGAGUCUUUAAAUCUCAAUGGCUGCCAAAAAAUAUCGGAUACAGGAAUUCAAGCAAUAACCAGUUGUUGUCCUCGGCUAAAAACAUUUUCUGUCUACUGGAACGUCAGGGUAACUGAUUCUGGACUACUACAUACAGUCACCAACUGCAAACACAUAGUUGAUUUGAAUAUAAGUGGCUGUAAGAAUAUUUCAGACCGAGGUGCACAAUUAGUUGCUGAGAAUUACCCGAAACUGGAGUCACUAAACUUGACAAGGUGUGUCAAGAUAACUGACGUGGGGCUGAAGCAGUUGUUGCAGAAAUGCCUGUCCCUUCAGAGUUUGAAUCUCUAUGCAGUGUCUAGUUUCACAGAUGAAGCUUACAAGAAAAUAUGCCUUCUGACACGUCUCACAUUUUUGGAUCUUUGUGGUGCCCAGAAUCUUUCAGAUCAAGGACUUAAGUGUAUUUCGAAAUGCAAGAACCUUGUAUCCCUCAAUUUGACUUGGUGUGUACGUGUGACUGAUGAGGGGGUUAUAGCCGCUGCACAGAGUUGCACUUCUCUUGAAUUUCUUAGCUUGUUCGGAAUAGUUGGCGUGACUGAUAAAUGUCUGGAGGCUCUCUCGAAGUCAUGCUCCAACACCAUUACCACCCUUGAUGUGAACGGGUGUAUUGGCAUUAAGAAACGAAGCCGCGAAGAGUUGCUUCAGUUGUUUCCAUAUUUGAAAUGCUUUAAAGUGCACAGUUAAUGUGUGGCUGGUGAAAUUUUGGUUACAAAAACAGUCUAUUUUUUUGACUGGGGCAGUAUAGCCUAUAUAGGAUUCAAAUCUAAUCCCAAACAGUUAUUUUGAGAUAUUUUGAGUUAUGAAGGCACCUCCGGUAUGUGUCGAUAUCUGACACGUGCUUAUAUUCAAUUAUACAAUUUUCUCAAA